AUGGAACGAUAUAAAAAUGUCAAUAUCAACAAAUUUCUUAUUUCGCUGUUUGCUAACCGUAAAUUAUUUAUACCAAAUUUAACCACCGAUGAACAACAAGUUCUGCAUUCGUUAAUUCAACGACAAGAUAUCGUUAUUCGUCCUACAGAUAAAAACACCGGUAUCGCUGUCUUCGAUUCAAACGUUUACGGAUCUAAAGUACUUCAACAACUACUAGAUGAAGAAUUUUAUAAACAACUCCAUUACAAUCCAACUCGUCAAACAUUCCAACGUAUCAAACUGGAAUUAAAUAAACUAUUUCAAUCAAAAAACAUCAAUUUUCAAACACUAAAAUAUAUCGAACCUAAACAAUCAACAUGUGGAUCGUUUAUAUUUUACCAAAACUACACAAGAAGAAUUGCCCUGGCAGACCAAUUGUGUCCGGCAUCAAACAUCUGA